UGAGCUUUCAUUGGCCGUCUUGGGGAAACCAAUCAGCUAAGAGAAGGCGUGGCGAAACGGUACUUCUCAAAGUUAUGGCGCACGUACUAACAUCGCUACUUCGAGAGGUAUGGAUGCGCAGGAUUAUGGCGAAGUCAAUCAGCUCGGCGGACAUUUUGUGAACGGAAGGCCACUCCCAAACACAGUUCGCCUAAAAAUUGUUGAAUUGGCUCAACUUGGAGUUCGCCCGUGUGACAUAUCACGACAGCUCAAAGUAUCACACGGAUGUGUAUCAAAAAUUCUGGCACGGUAUCAAGAGACUGGCUCUAUACUUCCAGGUGCCAUCGGCGGUAGCAAACCACGAGUGACAACACCAAAAGUAGUAUCGUACAUACGGCACUUGAAACAAAAAGAUCCCGGUAUCUUCGCCUGGGAGAUCAGGGACAAACUGUUAACAGACAAAGUAUGCGAUAAAUACAAUGUGCCAAGUGUCAGCAGCAUUAGUAGGAUUUUAAGGCAUAAAAUUUGCUCCGACAAUUCUAAGGAGAAAACUGGACGUAUGUGCAAUGGCUUAUAUCCAUUUUCAUGUGCGGGUGUUCAACCACCGCAGCGAGCACUUCUGAACAAAGAAAAUUCCUCAGCAACUCUCAAACCAUGGACGUCAGUUCAUUCUGUCUCAAAUUUUUUAGGACAAUAUCAAUCUACUUCAACACUCUCCAUGCAACCCUUCCCAACUCCAGAAGCAACCGUUGCCCUAACGCAAAACUAUAACUAUUACAUGUACCAUCAUUUGCAUGGACAUUAUUCUCCUCAAAGUAAUAAUGUGCCAAACUUCGUACCAAAUAUCCAACAACUCCCAUAAAGUACUGGAUCAGCCUGUGAUAAUCAGUAUCAAAUAUUCAUUUGUUUCAUUUCUAUCCUCAUCAGAAUAAUUAUGUGCCAAGCUUCUUUCAAAACGAUCUAGUGUAUUGGCCUAAGGAUAUUGGCCUAAGGAUAUAAGAGAUUACAAUUAAUUUAUCUUGACACAAUCCGCAUCAAAAUGAUAAUGUGUAAUAUUUAUCUUCCGUUAUCCACAAAUCUGCUCAGGGCUUAUCAAUCAGACGGACUUGUGAUUAUCAGUGCCAAAAAUUAAUUUGUUCUGACGUUAUUCUCGUCAAACUGAUAAUGUGCCAAACUUCAUUCAAGUGGCAAAAUCUCAAUUGUUCAGUGAUUAUCCUCAAAAAAUGGAUAAACUAUUAUGCUUUCUUUAAAAAAAAGAAUUCAACUCUCUUAGCAAAACAGCAUCAAUUAGACUUGUGAUUAUAAGCAUAACGAUUUCAUUUCAGAGUCCUGAUGCUACCUUAUCAAUGUGACAAUUUUUGCUUUACAAAAAUAUCCAAAAAUAUCGGUUAAGUAUAUCAAUCUGUGAUUAUGAGUGACAAAACUGUGUUGAUUCACGCAUUUUACCAAUCAAAUUUGGGCUAAACAUGUUCCUGCUGUGACGUGUGAAGCAGUUCCAGUACAGGGUGUGUAUAAUUAAAAGUGCUCGAAGUAGAACAGGAACUACUGCAGUUGGACACUCUCUUCGCAAAAACUAAUAAACAUUUUUUUAAAUAAAUAAAAUAAA